CUGAACGAAGAAUAGAGGAAAAACGUUCGUUGCGAAUGGUUGCGAACGUCGAACGUCUAUGCUAGGGAUCAUUAGGGACUAUCGAUAUUAUUAUUUAUAGAAUAAUGGCGUCUGCUUUAGAAAAUCUGGAGACCCAAUUGGAGCUUUUCAUAGAAAACGUAAGACAAAUACGUAUUAUAGUAAGUGAUUUUCAACCUCAAGGACAAAACGUAUUGAACCAAAAGAUCCAAGGUUUAGUUAAUGGUUUACAAGAAAUAGAUAAAUUAAAGUCCCAAGUUCAAGAUGUUCAUGUACCUUUGGAGGUUUUCGACUACAUCGAUCAAGGCAGAAAUCCACAGCUGUACACAAAGGAUUGCAUAGAAAAAGCAUUAACUAAAAACGAGCAAGUGAAAGGAAAGAUCGAUGCUUACAGAAAAUUUAAAGCAAAUAUGCUCGUAGAAUUAACUAGAGUUUUCCCGCACGAAUUGGCAAAGUACAGAGCGAUACGAGGCGACGAGUGAAUACACCGUUAAUUUUAAUAUUCUUCUGUAAUCGUUUGUAUAAGAAAUAUUUAUUAAAAUAAAAAAAGUUUCGGCUCAACUAUA